CUUUUUAUAAACCAUGUGCCUUUUCCAAUUUUAAUCCAAUUUUGGGGUUAUAAUUUAAUUUGUGAAGUAUCUGUAAUUCCUGUUCACAUUUUAAAUGAUGUGCCAAUUCAUACAGUGUUUACAUUUUAUCAUUGAUUGUAAUUGGAGCUCUACAAUUCAAAUCUAAAACAUGCUUAAUUUUUAGUGUUUAAAUCAGGUGUGUUUAGUAAAUAUGAUCCAGUUCAAAAAAAUUGCAUUUGUAAUGUCUAUCUGACAUCCCUGCCCAUGUGUGCAUUGCUUUGUGAAUAUAUCUAAUCUUCGUGUGCGUGUGUAUAUAGAACAUUUUAUAAUUUGUCCCUCAAUAAUAAUCUGAUUCUGCAAGAUUUAGAAGGAACAGUUCACCCAGAAAUGGAAAUAAUGCGCUAUUUACUCACCCUUAGUCCAUCCAAGAUGUACAUGAGUUGUUUCCUCAUUAAAACAGACUUGGAAAAAGUUAGCGUCAAAUCACAUGCAGAAUAUUAUUGAUAGUUUGAAAUUAAAGCACGUCUUGAUUGAAUUUAUUCUUACAGGAUUGUAGCAUUUCGCUUCACAAGAUGUUAGAUGAGGGACUGCAGUGCUGUGGAUUAAUUUAGAGGUUUUCUUAAGAUGCUUGGACCCUAAUUCUGACGGCACCCAUUCACUGUAAUGCAAUCCUAAAAUUCUCCAAAUCUGUUCCCCAUGAAGAAACUAAAUCUUCUAUAUCUUGGAUGUCCUGAGGGCGGGUACAUUUUCAGCAAAUUUUUAUUUUUGGGUCAACUAUUUCAGUCAGCUUUUAUAGCUGUUUUUGAAUUUGGUUCAUUGUACAGAGUUUCCAAUUUCUGAACUUGUAAAAAGGUCAGCUUUUAAAUUUCUCUGUUUGUUAGUGAUGUAAUGAGCAUCGUUUCAACAUGCAAGGGUAUCACUGCUUAAUGUAAAUAUUCAAAGUACUUUAUUCUGAAACUUUGGAUGCAUAAAGACAUUUGAGAAAUGUACUUUUGGGUAUUUGACGCUUGACAUGACCUGGUCUCUGCAUCUGAUUGGAUGAAAGAUUAAUGUUAAUGUAACCCCAGUUGCUCACUUGAGGCCUGUGUGUUUGAUGGUCAAUCACUGUAUCUGUAGUAAGUUCAGUGUUGGAGUAUUUCUAGACGUUCUUGCAACUGCAUCCUCUGGUAGUGAAGUGGACAAGCAUUGACGUGCGUUUCUGUGUCAUCAUAACCAUCUGGACUGAGAGAGGCGCAGUCACUACAGUUCUGUGAAGCGCGCGCACGCGAGAGAGAGGGAGAGACGCGCUGUAGCGGCUCGGAACAUCUUCACCCGGCGUGAUUCAUCUUCAAGUAUUCGUCUCUCGCUGUCAUCAUGGCCUCGAUCUCGGAGUGGUACGCGGGGAAGAACGUGCUGAUCACCGGAGCCACGGGCUUCAUGGGGAAGGUGCUGAUGGAGAAACUGCUGCGCUCCUGUCCAGACGUGAAGGCCCUCUACAUCCUCGUCCGGCCCAAAGCGGGUCAGUCUAUGUCCGAGCGCGUCCAGGACAUGAUGAAGUGUAAGCUGUUCGACCGCGUGCGUGAGGAUAAUCCUGACUUUCAUCAGAAGAUCGUCCCCAUCAGCAGUGAGCUCACUCAGCCCGGCCUGGCCAUCAGUCCAGAGGAUGUGAAGACGCUCACUUCCUGUAUACACAUCGUCUUCCACUGCGCCGCCACCAUCCGCUUCGACGAGGCCCUGAAGCAUGCGCUGCAGCUGAACGUCAUCUCCACGCAGCAGCUCCUCUCUCUGGCGCAGCAGAUGCAGCAGCUGCAGGCCUUCAUCCACAUCUCCACCGCCUACGCCAACUGCAACCGCAGACACAUCGACGAGGUCAUCUACCCUCCUCCGGUCGAGCCCAAGAAACUCAUCGACUCUCUGGAGUGGAUGGAUGACAGCAUGGUCUGUGACCUCACACCGCGUCUGAUCGGUGACCGGCCGAACACUUACACCUACACUAAAGCUCUGGCCGAGUGUGUGGUGCAGCAGGAGAGCGGCCGACUCAACAUCGCCAUCAUACGGCCGUCCAUCGUAGGAGCCAGCUGGCAGGAGCCGUUCCCCGGUUGGAUAGACAACUUUAAUGGACCGAGUGGCAUUUUCAUUGCUGCUGGGAAGGGCAUCCUGCGCACCAUGAGAGCCAGUAAUGACGCGGUGGCCGAUCUGAUUCCUGUGGACGUGGUGAUAAACCUGACGCUGGCGGCCGGCUGGUACACCGCGGUGCACAGACCGAAAACUGUGCUUGUGUACAACUGCACCACCGGAGGCAUUAACCCUUUCCACUGGGGCGAGAUCGAGCAUCACGUGAUGUCCACGUUCAAGAGGAAUCCUCUGGAGCAGGCUUUCCGUCGGCCGAACGCCAACAUCACGUCCAAUUACCUGAUCAACCAGUACUGGACCCUCGUGAGCCACAAGUUCCCCGCGCUCCUCUACGACCUGAUCCUGCGACUGUCCGGACAGAAACCACAGAUGAUGCGUAUUUUCAACCGUCUGCACAAAGCCAUCGGUCUCCUGGAGUACUUCAGCAGUCAGGACUGGGAGUGGAACUCAGACAACAUGAACAUGCUGAUGAACCAGCUGAGCGCCGAGGACAGGAGGACCUUCAACUUUGACGUCCGUCAGCUGAACUGGCCCGAGUACAUCGAGAACUACUGUAUCGGCACCAAGAAGUACGUUCUGAACGAGGACAUGUCUGACAUCCCGGCGGCCAGACAGCACCUGAGGAAGCUGAGAAACAUCCGAUACACGUUCAACACGCUGCUGCUGGUCUUCAUCUGGCGCGUCUUCAUCGCUCGCUCUCAGAUGGCCAGGAACAUCUGGUACUUCGUCGUGAGUCUGUGCUUCAAGUUCCUGUCCUACUUCAGGGCUUCCAGCACUCUGACCCAAUGACCGGAGCGACAGGAAGUGUGUGUCCUCGUCCUCCGAGCACUUCCUCCUCCAGAGCGUCUUCAGCCGUUCUCACACACACACACACACACACACACACAGGUGUUGCUUUAGCUUUCCUUACCGACCACUCAUCGCACUCCAUUCCUCCAUAUCAUGUUUUUAAAGAUGUCCUCUUUUAUAAAGACUAUCAUUAACACUGAUUAUAUAUGCAAUGCAUUUUACGAUAUUUCUCUUUUAUAUUCUCAUCGCCAUCUGAAAUCCAGAGACACUGCCUUUGUGUCUCCUGAGGAUUUUAGCCUUCUCGACUCCAGACUUCUCUUUGUGAGCGUGUGUUGGUCUUUGAAUGGUUCUGAUACCAUGCAAUCAAGCCGGAAACUCUUUCAGUUGGUGUUUUGUGUGUUUUAUUCUUCUUUAGUUUGCUGCGUUCAGAGGGAAAAGCCUGUGAACGGUAACAGAUCUGAUCUGCUUUUAUAACAUUUUUUGCCAAGUCGUCGCUUGCUCAGCUGUAUAUCCUCCAGUUUAAUCAGAAACACUCAAAAUCAAAAGAGAAAAAAAGUCUAUUCAUAAAGAAAAUGCAGCCUAUUUUUAAUGAAAUAAAAUAGUUCCUAAAAGCGAAGACAAUUAAGCACUUCUGCCACCAAAUUGAAUGCAUUUUUAAUGCAUAGAAUUAUUCCAAAUGUCAAUUCUCAUUACUGUAAUAGUGCUUUUACAUUACUGUAAAAAUAAAUACUGUAUAUUAUUACAUUUCAAAUAUUAAAUACAUUUGUAUUUAGAAAUUAAUACGAAAUGUUAUUAUAUAUAAUAACAUUAUAUAUAAUGUAUAAUUUAUACAUUAUAUAAAAAUGUAUUAUAUAUAAUAAAUUUUUUAUUUUCUAAUAAUUCAAUUAAAAAAUAUUAAAAUAUAAAAUGACAUUUUUUUCCACAUUUCUUUGAAUUAUGACAUCCUGGUUUUAUGUUUGUAAAUGUUUCUGUUGUAGAGCAGAGAGACACAGUUUAGCGUCAGACUCUUUCUGCGAGUGUUGGAUGAGGAUAUUUCUGUCUGGAGACAGACGUAAGAUAGUUUCAACAGUCUGUAAAUAUUCUAGCUAUUUAAAUAUAUUCUUUUUCAGAUGAUAUACAUACCAAAAAUGUACAAAUGUAUAUUUGCGAGGAUGAAUCAGACGGCUGGUUAAGAUUAAGAACAUUAUUUCCGGAAAUGAUUGAGUGCUUCCAAUAUUUUUUUUGAAGAAAACCGAAAAGUGAAGUAAAAAGCGUGGAGUGUUUUAGGUGUACUGAGCACUGUUUAAAGUGCUCUGAAACCGUCCCUCACAAAGCUUUCAAUCUCUGACUGUGGUAGUUUCUAUGCAGCACAACCUGUGCUUCUUCCUUCUAGAAACUUGUCUAGCUUAUUAGCGUUUGCUUUUUACCUUUCUGACGCACUUUUAUUUAUGUUUGCUUGUCAGAUGAACCAAAACGAGUGCAUUUAAUGAAUCUUGUACUGCACCAGCGGGUGAAUAUCAAACUUCAUCAAACGUCUUACAGCAUCGCGAUCAAUCGACACUAUUUGAGGAUCUCAUGAAUGGACAUUUUUCUACACUCCUCUGGUGGUCUAUUGCCAAAAUGUAUUUCUAAACCACCGUUUCUAAGACAUGUCUGCUCUCUGUUGUCCAUCUUUUGUAUCUUGCACACAGUAUUCAUGUUCAGCAGUAACCGCACGUCUUCCUCGGCUCGUUUGGCAGUAGUGGAGCGAUUACUUUAGAUGAUUUGAGAUGAUUUUUCUCUUGCACGUUAUGAGUCUCAGUAGAGAAAGCACACGCACACAAAUCUCCUCUUAGAGCAUUCCAGACAUGAAAAACAGCCAUUUUUCUGAGAAACAAACACCUUAUGUCUUAACAAUAGCAACUCUUUGUUUUCAGCCAAGCUGCGCUUUCAAAUGAAGCUUCUACUGCCAACCUGAUCUUUACAGUCUCAAGCGUUUGUGAUGUUUGUACAGAUGAGGGGAUUGAGCUGCAUUGGGUUUGCUGUACAAUGA